AUGAGUACUUCAAGCCAUAUUUGUCUUAUCUUCAGUUACGUCUAUGACAAGAUAAGCAAGAUUCAUCCUAACAACGUCGCAGAGAGUUUGCGUUCUAUUGAAAAUAACCUUUAACUAAUUCUUGAAUAGAUGGAUGAAGUGACUGAGAAUCUUACCUAUUCGAAUUUAAGGAUGUUAUUUGAUUACGCAAAGGGUUGUUAGCAAUCACUUAAUACUAGUUUUUUCUAUAAUUUAGAAUACUCUGAGUUGAUGUAUAAAAUCAACUAAAAUUUACUUGAAAUAUUUUAACUUUUUGAUACUGCUAUUGAUAGUAACUUUGUGGUGCCACAAUCGACGAUAUGUAUUACUAAUGAAUUAGGUAAUAUCAUAACACAUGAAGAAAAUUUUUUUGAAGUUAUGGGACAUUCUACAGAAAUGAAUUUUGCUUAGCUUAUCGAUGUGUAUGCCACUCCUAAUUUCAAUUUAGGUUAAGAGAACAUCGACAACGCAUAAGCAACAUUUUAUAAACUCAAUUACCGAGCAUUGGAACAAGUAUUCACAUCAGAAAAUACAAUUUUUUAAAUUAAAUAAAAUGUUUCCUAACUGAGGGAAUAGUUCUUCCAGAGAUUCCAAUUAAAUAUCACAAUAGGAAAUUUUGAAUUCACUAAAUAUGAUGAUUAGAAUUAAUUUUUUUUUUAUGAUCCUCUGUAUGCUAUGAACGAAGAACAUAUCAAGAAGUUGCUAAUAGUUUAAUUUGUGGCACUAAAUUAUUAACAAUCAACAUAAUUAGAUGAAUUCGUUCAGUCUGCUAAAUUUGCUGAUAGAAUUGAAAAGUUUUAUCAGAAAUUAAUAAGUGCAGUAUAAGACGAAUGA